AUGGCCAGCCAUUCCCCGGUGAACACCGAUGAAUACCCGGAAUUCCAAGUUCUCGCCGGCGAACAUCAUGUUCGGGUUGUCCGCACACCGUCAGACGAAGAACAUAGCGUUCCGAGUCUUCCGCAGGGAGGUACUCAUUCCCCCAUUGACGAGGGACCCGAGGAAUAUUGUCUGGUUGAGGAAGAAGACCAGAAUAAAGAAGUGCCCGAGGCAUUGCAUCGAUUGGGGAUCCCGACGAAUUAUGAGUGUGAGCAAGCGACGAUGCCGCUGGAUGAAGAUCCCAAUAAGAUGACGGUGAAUACGGCUGAGGUAGGGUUUGAUAUUUUUUUGGAAUUUUUUGGGUAUACUGUAGGUCCGAUAAGAAAAACAUUGAUGAGCUGUGGAAUUUUCGAGAGAUAAAAUUCCGUAGUAACGAGGCCGAGAUUGUUAAUUGAAAGAUUCGAUUUUAAUAGUAUUCGGACCUGACAGAGGAAGCCCAGCCUGAACGAUCGGCGAGUUCCCACCGCUUCUCGGCUCACUCAAAAUCCAUUUUUAUCCGAAUUGCCGCCGCUUACACCCGAAGCCAUGUCCACAGUCUAGGCCUGCUCAAUUUAUUUUUAUCAAUGCUUAUUCUUGGUCUCCUUAUUCUAAACUCCAUCUAUGGGGCAUCGUUGUUAACGAAGUAUGUUCAGGUAUGAAUUUACAGAGAUGUUUUUUUUCAGUCAAGCUUCUUUACAACAAAUUGCAAAUGACAAAAGAAAACACUUACGGGAGUUCGCUGUAGAGACGGUUACAGUAAAAUUGUUUACAUUAUAAGUAAUCGUAAUCCAAUUUCAGUUUAAAACAUUAAGCGAAAAGGACCGGCCAUGUUUUUUCGAGUGGGGAGAAUGGACGCAAUGCACGGCGACUUGCCGAACCGGUGAUAAAUACCCAAUGAAGUCAAGGAGGGCCCUGGGAUUUAUUCAUGCCACAGGGGUUUUUGCAAAUUCGUCGAAAGGAAACCCUUGUACCGCUGAGAAGAUAAGAGAGCUAAGAGUAAGUUGCGAGGUUGAUCCUGUUGAUGAAAUUGUAAAUUGAAAAUUAUAGGACUCUGUUCCCUGUAAUGUCUUCAAAUGCCCAAGGCAUCUAUCGGAAUUCGACUUCGGGCCUUGCAUACUAGAGGAUACCAACAACCCUAAUGGAAGUUGCAUUCAGACCCGGGAAAUUACAGCUGAAGAUCAAUAUGUAAGUAUUGGCCGAUUAUAACUUAAAAAAAGUUCAGAUUGAAUUGGACAAUAGCACUGAGUUAUACCGGACAUGCAACUGUUCUACCACAGCAACUCCACCCGAAUACGAGGGAAAUGUUGUAUAA